CGGAGAGGAGGUGCAGCGGAGCAGGUCGCCGACAUGGCUAAAGAAGGAGCAGAUAUGACAGAGGAGACCGAGCACAUGAUAGACAAGAAUCUGGGAAAAGAGGGAGACAACGUGGAGUCCUCAGCUCACGCCAAAGAGAUGCGAGCGGUGAUGCUGGCAGGUUUCGGAGGUCUCAACAAACUCAGGGUAACCAAGAAGACGAUGCCCGAGCCUCAGGAGGGUGAAGUGAAAAUCCGCGUCAAAGCAUGUGGGUUGAACUUCCUGGACCUGAUGGUGCGCCAGGGGACCAUCGACAAUCCUCCGAAACCUCCUCUUGUCCCUGGAUUUGAAUGUUCUGGAAUAGUGGAGUCGGUGGGUGAGAACACCAAGGGAUUUGAGAUAGGGGACAGAGUCAUGGCUUUUGUGAAUUACAAUGCCUGGGCAGAAGUGGUGUGCACACCGGUGGAUUUUGUCUACAAGAUGCCAGAUGAAAUGACUUUUCCCGAGGCCGCAGCCUUCUCCCUGAACUUUGUGGCUGCAUACAUGAUGCUAUUUGAGGUUGCCAAUCUGCGAGAGGGGAUGUCAGUAUUGGUCCACUCAGCAGGAGGUGGUGUAGGUCAAGCUGUGGCACAGCUUUGCUCCACUGUCCCCAGCGUCACUGUGUUUGGGAUUGCCUCAUGUUUCAAACAUGUAGCCAUCAGAGACUCUGUGACCCACCUCUUUGACAGAAAUACGGAUUAUGUACAAGAAGUCAAAAAGCUCUCUCCAGAGGGAGUGGACAUUGUGUUGGACUGCCUGUGUGGAGAGAACACAGGGAAAGGCCUGGGUUUGCUGAAGCCACUUGGAACAUACAUCCUCUAUGGCGCAUCAAACAUGGUAACUGGGGAAACAAAGAGUUUCUUCAGCUUUGCAAAAUCUUGGUGGCAGGUGGAGAAGGUCAACCCUAUUAAACUCUAUGAGGAGAACAAAGUCAUAGCGGGCUUCUCGCUGCUCAACCUCCUCUUCAAGCAGGGGAGAUGCAAUCUUGUGAAGACAGUGAUGGAAAAACUCUUGACUCUUUACAACCAAAAGAAGAUCAAACCAGUGGUGGACUCCCUCUGGGCGCUGGAGGAGGUAAAAGAGGCCAUGCAGAGGAUUCAUGACCGAGGCAAUAUAGGAAAACUCAUUCUGGAUGUUGAGAAGUCUCCUACGCCACUGAUGGCUAGUGACAGCACAGAGACGAGCGAAGCAGGUGAGGAAGAGGAGGAGCCUGAGGGAGACAACGACAACAAGGAGCGUAUGCCUUUCAUCCACUAGACCCGGCCCCCGAGCUGCAGCAUGCCUGUCUAGAGACUGGAGACUGAACUUCUACACAGAUUCACCACAGAGGAUCACGAGUACACACGAGUAUUGUGCAGUAUGUAUGCAUAGACGUGCAUGUGUCUGUUGUCUGUUGUCUGUUGUUUUCUCAGUUUAUCGGUCAGGUAAAAUGUGUGAGUUUGUGAAGACUGAUAGAACACCCAACUUUAUAUUCGUCAAAAUAGCCAGUCGACAUAAGUGCCAUUCUCAACAUAGUAUUAUCAAGUAAGUGAUGUGACGCUAACUAACAGUGGAAAUAAGCAUGUGUCCAUUUUACAGCUUGUUUAAGGUGUCUGCAAAUUGCUCGUUUUGUUUAUCACUUUGAAUUUGCGACAAUUUAUUUAAUUAGCCGUGGACUAAACAAGCAUGCAAAAGAGUUGAAUUGCAGUUACUAAUUUAAAAUUCAACAAAAAAAUAAAUAAAAGUUCCAUGGGGUUGCUUUGGAGAAAUAUUCCAGCGUUUUGGGCGAAACACCCUUUUAUUUUGCCCAAAAUGUUGGAGAAUUCCUUUUAGAAGAGUGACCCUUAAAGAGAAAGUAUAUGUGUUUUAGAAUAAGCUUAUGCUGACUUAAUGGUUCACUGGAAAUGAAAAAGAGUAUGCUGCUCUCCCUUGUGCUGUCCUGUUUUGCCAGUAUAGUAUUUAGCAGCAAUUUUAAAGUUUGAGGAAAUCAGUUCAAGGUUUCCCUACAUUUGGCCAUGAGAGUGAAUCAAAACUGGAAAAAUAAAACACUGCUUUCUCUCGCUUCCUCAUGCUGCCUUUGCAUAGUAUGAGCCAGGGGAGUCAGGCUAUAAAUCUGUGUAGAUAUCUGCAUAUGUACUCUAUUCCUGGGUCUCAACAUUUUAUUAUUAUGGGAUCACCAGUGCCUUUGAGCUACAAAGUCCACACCACACGCAGCUUUUUGAUAUUUGAAAUAUAUCCACUCCGCAGGCAUUCCUCAUCUGAGGUUCAGACGAAAAAAGAAAACAAAAACAUGUAUUUUUAGCUGCCAGGGGAAGAUGAAAAACUGAUGCGCUUCCUUCAAAUCAUCGAAAAACUCCAACAUGUUUAGACAAAGUAAAGAUAUGUCUUCAUUAUGGGAAAGUAGACAUAUUUUUCCAGUAAGAUUUAAUUCAAGAAAUUUUGAUAUUUCAGCUGGCAUUAUUGUAUGUGACAGCUUGCAUUUUUAUAUUUGCCUUCAGGCAGCAACAUUUGUAAUGUCUGCUGACACAAGGGCAAAAUGACUGUAUUUUGAAUUAUAAUAGGUGAAGAAAGUUCUGAAAAGCUCCAUUUCCACCUCCAAGUCAAAAUCACAUGGAGCAUGAUUAUGUAGACGUAACAAAAAAAAAAAAAAAAGUAGAAUCCACAGUUUAAUGCAUCAAAUCAAAUUCUAGAUUAUCCUACAGGAGAAAAAAAGACAAAAGUGAUGAGUCAGAGUGUAUGGAGUGCUUUCCGUGUCUGUACAGUGUCAUGUUUACCUGCUGGUGCCUCUCAAUAUAAGUGCCAUACGACUCCAAGAUAUUUUUUAAUGACUGGUGCAUAAAGGCGCGACAUGCUGGUGUUGAGUAAAGUUAUUUGUUACAUUCACAAAGUCAGUGUGUGCUGUCCUCUGCAUGACUCCAAAUCUCCAAGGAGUUUCGUCAAAUGCUGGAAAAAAACAAACAAACAAACAAAAAAA